AUGGUCUUUCAAAUCCAGUCGGGUCACACCUACAAGCUCGUCAACACCCAGACCCGGACCGUCCUCGCACUCGACAUGGCCGACUUUCGCACCAUCACCGGAGCGCCCUGGAGCAACGCCGACCACCAGAAGUGGGUCGCCGAGUGGCCUCGGCAGCCUAACGCGGGGUCCACCACGCGGUGGUCAUUCAGGAGUGUCGCUACCGGGCUCUUUCUGGGGCUGGACGGGGCGGGGCGCCGGGGAACGAGCAUCGUCGCAACCCGCGACGAGACCGAGUGGGACACCCGUGCUGAGGUUGGGAAUCCGUCGGCUCUCCGGUGCGUGCAUUUUGCCUUUGGGGUCGAGCGAGCACUCACGUGGUGGACCCGCAGCCUGGAGAUCCCGGGUGGGCGGUUGACGUUAAAUCUGACAGCGGGGGUGUCGGCGAAAUUAUGCGACGGAGCUGGGGGUGGGGAGCAGUACUGGAGGUUCGAAGAGGGUGAGCCAUUUGAUUGCGUCGUGGGAACAGUGCUCACCGAUUUUGGGGUCGGCAGUUUGACGGCACUCCUAGGACGGCGGAGUGCGCGAAUGCAGGACCGCCGGAAGAGGCGCGGUGUGGACAGUGCUUGGUUUCGGAUGGACCGUCUCUCCAUUGGUUCGAGUGUAUGGACUCUGCAUGGACUAUUUAUGUGCAUCGGGCUGUCGAUGUGUUGUACCAGUUCAUCUCCAGGGUAUUAA